AUGCCUCUCAAUGUUCCCGCCGCCCACCGUCUUCUUGACCUUCUUAGUCUAAAGGGCAAGGUAGUCAUUGUCACCGGCGCCUCAGGCCCUCAGGGUAUCGGUAUUGAGGCGGCCCGAGGCUGUGCAGAAAUGGGCGCCAAUAUCGCCAUAACUUACACGUCGCGAAAGGAGGAAGCCGAUGCCAACAUCGCCGACCUGAUAACCAACUACGACGUUCAAGCUAAAGCAUACCGCUGCGAUAUAUCCGACUAUGCCAGUGUCGAGCAGCUUGUCCGUGAUGUGAUCCGGGACUUUGGCAAAGUUGACGCUUUCAUUGCAAAUGCCGGAGCUGUCCAUCACAGCACCAUGCUUGAUGCUUCCAAACAAGACUGGGACAGAAUCAUCAACCUUAACCUCAACGGCACGGCCUACUGUGCGCAAGUCAUUGGGCCUCACUUUCGAAAGCAGGGUCAUGGCUCCUUUGUGAUUAAUGCCAGCAUCGGCGGGCAUGUCGCCGCCAUGCCCAUCGAAUUUGGAAGCUAUAGUGUCGCCAAGGCAGGCUGUAUUCACUUGGCCAAAACUCUGGCCAACGAGUGGCGGGGGUUUGCAAGGGUCAAUAGUGUCUCGCCAGGGUACAUUGAUACAGGCUUGGCAGGAGGCAUUGGGAAUGACAUCCUCGAUGUUUGGAACAGCAUGAUUCCCAUGGGGCGCCAAGCGGAUCCCAAGGAGUUGAAGGGUGCCUUUGUUUACCUCGUCAGCGAUGCUAGCUCUUACACCACUGGGGCGGAUAUUCUCGUCGAUGGAGGGUAUUGUGUCCGGUAG